GGCAUGGUCCCUGCACCCCAACGCCGCUCGUCCCGGCUGGCCCCUCCUCCUGAUCAAGGGGCCUCCAGCGAGCCACCACCAUCGCGGAAGCGCAAGCCUACAACCGCGGACACUUCAACCUUGGCCACUACAACAGCGCCGAAGAAACAGCGAGCAAAUGAACCUGUCUCCGUGUUGGAAACCCACACGACAGCUUCAAUUGUCAAGUCCACUCGUAAAGGCAUGCCAGCACCUACACGACGUAGCGCCAGAACGGCCAUUCAUGACGACGAGGAUUGUAUCGUUCGUGAGACCGACGACGACGAUGGAGACAUCAAGUCGGACACGGACAUUGUGUCAGCAAGCGGCGACGACAACGAUGCUCCAUCCUCCUCCACAGCGCCCGCCGUACGACGCAGAGCCUCUCGUGUAAAGAAAGAAGCGGAGGAACAAGUGGCACCAGUACCGCUCACCCGCCGCAAUCAGCCCAAACGCGGGGUCGGCGGCGGCGCGUUGCCAGUCGAACCCAAGGUGGAGCACACGUUUGAAAAAACAAAGCAGCCGCGGCCUCGCCCGUCAAAACACCAAGUAAUCGACGACAACGACAGCAGUGACUUUGUCAAAGACGAUGUGAAGACGCUCAGACCGCCUCCUUUCCAGGCAUCCACCUCUUCGUCCAUCCCCCGACUCACAGCGGACGGCGGCGACAUCAUGUCCGACGACAACCGCCCUGAAGCAGCUAAGCUAGGGAAACAAGGCCGUGCGAAACGUGUGGUCCGGGCGAUCCCCGUGCGCCAAGCCCCAACGACCUUGAAGCCGCUAUCGAAGAAUGCCCAGGGCAAGCGCAAGGCGGCGGCGGUUGGCGCACGUCGGCCGUCAAAGCAGCUACAGGACAGUUCCGACGGUGGAGACAGCAGCGAGUUUGUCGCGAGUAGUAGCAGCGACGAAGGCAGUGGCGAUGACGACGAUGUGGCAGACUGGGCAUCGACGUUAAAGUCGAAAGCGGCGCGGGGGAAGGACCUCGUCGACGGCAGCAGCAGCAGCUCGUACGAUGACAACGCCCCGAUAAAGUCCAUCAAACGACCCAAGACAGGAAGAUCUCCAAAGAAGCCGGCGGCGGCGGCGGCUUUGACGGAGCAUGCACAGGGGAACGAUGGCGGCGAUGGACGGGAUGGCGGAGUUGUGAGAAGAGCAGAACCGAUCGAGUAUCCAUACUAUGAAGUCGCGUACGCCCCGACUGGUCGAGCUCGGUGCAAAACGUGUGAGAAGACGCUCGUGCGUGGCGAAUUGGUCGUGUCUAUCCGGUUGCGGCACUCACGAUUUGGCAUCAUGGCGUACCACAAGCAUAUUGAAUGCACGUUGCUCAACAAUGACGUGGCAAAGCCUUUGCAUGGCUUUGACGCGUUGGACCGGGACGACGUCGACAGAGUGCAAGCGUACAUGGUGACCAAUUCCAAGCUCGGCGUCGAAGACGAGCGCGUGGCGUUGGGCGACGAAGCAUUUAUCAAGCGAGAUAUCCUACCGGCGGGGACUCCGUCGCCACACUUAACCGCGUCGUUGCUGCCAUACCAACAAGAAGGGCUCGCGUGGAUGAAAGCACAAGAAGCAAGCAAGUACCGCGGCGGCAUCUUGGCCGACGAGAUGGGCAUGGGCAAGACGAUUCAAGCGAUCGCAACCAUGCUGGAGAACGUCAAAAUCAAACAAUUUGAAGGGAUGGUCAUGGGCGGUGGCACGCUCAUCAUCUGUCCUGUGAUUGCUUGCAUGCAGUGGAAAAGCGAGAUUGAGCGGUUUGUCGAGGCAAAUCACUUGAGCAUUUUGCUGUAUCAUGGCCCCAAGCGUACCAAUUUGACUGCUGAAUUGGCGUCGUACGAUGUCGUAUUGACGACCUAUUCGAUUCUCGAAAACGAAGGACGCAAGCUGAUGGAAGCCGAGAAAGUGGCGUGUGCGUACUGCCACAAACUAUUUGUUCCGGAAAAGCUCGUGCCACACAACAAAUACUUUUGUGGUCCGGACUCUCGGAAAACGUCCAAGCAGAUGAAGCAGCAAAAGGGCAAACCCACCAAGGCGGCGGUGGCAGCACGAGCCAAGGCCAAGACGUUGAGUGACCAAGAUAGCAGCAGCAAAGAAGAAGAAGAAGAACACGAUGCUCCUAUAAAGCCCCCGCCUCGUAAAUCCAACCGACGUGCAAAGAAAGGGCGGUCGCCGCUCCACGAGGUCGAGUGGACGCGCAUCAUUUUGGACGAAGCCCAUUACAUCAAGGACAAAAAGUGUAGCACAGCGCGGUCCGUGUUUCGCUUGAAAUCUCAGUACAAGUGGUGCCUCUCUGGCACGCCGCUGCAGAACCGCAUUGGGGAGCUGUUUUCGCUGGUCCGGUUCUUACAAGUGGACCCACAGGCGUACUACGAGUGCGCCGAGUGCGACUGCAAGCAGCUCGACUUUAGCAUCUUUCACGGCCACUGCAAGCACUGCGACCACACGGCCAUGCAGCAUUACUCGUUCUUUAACAAGAAGAUCGUGACUCCCAUCCAGGGCUUUGGCUACGUGGCCGAGGGCAAGCUGGCCAUGCUUCGUCUGCAGAACGACCUCCUUCGCCACGUGCUGCUGCGACGGACCAAAGAAAGCCGGGCAGACGACAUUAGCUUGCCGCCCAAGUUGGUUCGCGUGCGGCGGGAUGCCCUGGACGAGCGCGAAAAGGACUUUUACGAGAGCAUUUACACGCAAAGCAAGGCCCAGUUCAACACGUACGUGUCGGCAGGCACUCUCCUCAACAAUUAUGCGCACAUUUUCGACCUGCUCAUCCGACUUCGCCAAGCUGUGGACCAUCCGUACUUGGUGAUUUACUCGAAAUCGAAUCCCGCGCUUCAAGUGCCGACGCCCGACGUCCCUGCCCGCGACGACUUGGCCCUCAUCGGUCCUCCCCCGUCUUCGAGUGCCGACGAUCCGGACGACGGGAGAACAUGUGGCUUCUGCCACGAACCCCCCGAGCAAGCCGUCAAGUCGGCCUGCCAUCAUUUGUUUUGCCACAGUUGCGUCGAAGAAUACGUCGAGUCUUUGCUCAUGGGAGCUCAAGCUACGUGCCCGACGUGCAACGAGCCGCUGACGGUGGACAUGGCAGCCACUGGGACAGCAGCCGACUCCGACGACGACGAAACACAUCACGUGGACCAGUUCAAGGCGCGCCAGAUUGGAAAAGGCAGUUUGCUGCGUCGGCUGCCCCACCUUGGAGACUUUCAGAGCAGGUUGCGAUUGUUUGUUAUAAUGUUUAUUCGUGGGAUUAACCUUUUUAGUGCGGACAGUGUACUCACACUAAUUCUAGUCGCACUAAUCUGAUUGGCUCAAUACGUCUGCCGAUGUUUACCUCGAGUACAUUUGGUUGUGUCUCGUCGAAGUAUUUGCAAUGUCGCUUCUGUUUCGAAUAUUCACAACAAUAUAUAUAUAUAUUUGUAUAGAUUGUAUUAAUCGGGUCUUUGAUGAUAUAUAUAUAUUUGUAAAGAUUGUACUAAUCGGGGGUGGUUGGAUGUGUGUGUACUACGUAGCACCAAGAUUGAGGCACUGAUGGAGGAGCUCCACUUGAUGCAACACCACGACCCGUCGGCCAAGGCUAUAGUAUUCUCGCAGUUUGUCAACAUGCUCGACCUGAUUGAGCAUCGGCUGCGGCUCGCGGGCCUCAAGUGCGUCAAACUGUCGGGUGGCAUCCCCAUGGCCCAGCGCGACCGCCUCCUCACCGAAUUCCGCGACGAUCCGACGCUCACGGUGUUUCUCAUCUCGCUUAAAGCUGGCGGAGUUGCCCUCAAUCUGACGGUGGCGUCCCACAUUUUCCUGAUGGACCCGUGGUGGAAUCCGGCGGCGGAGCACCAAGCAAUCGAUCGGACGCAUCGCCUUGGCCAGUUCAAACCUAUCCGCGCCACGCGGUUUGUGAUUGCCAACACGAUCGAAGAACGGAUUCUCAAGCUACAGGAAAAGAAGCAGCUCGUAUUUGAAGGCACGGUGGGCUCGAGCACGGCGGCGUUGGCGCGGCUGACGAUUGAGGACCUGCGCUUCUUGUUCAGUGGAUAGUGCUUAGGCUUGCUUGAAGGAUCAACUGUACACAUGUUACUACCAUUCACUGUACACGACUAAAGCUGUAGGAUUUGGGCCUAGUUUUGUAAUAUGUAGAGUACAUAUCCCUGUUUCGCACGC